AUGGCGGAGGCGGAGGCGAAUCAUCUUCCGGAGACAUUGAAACCCUUCUUUCACAGAGCCACCGAAGCUCAGGAGCGAUUGGCUAGGCUUGAAGCUGCUCUUGCGUCGACUAAGACAGAAGUUCCAGAUGCGGAGCUUGUGGAGAAGAUGACCCAAAUCCAGUCGAAACUCGAUGAAGCUAACGAGACGGUGAAGCAAGAACAACACAAGGUGAAGGAAUUGAGCAUUGAAAACGACAAGCACAAGUACCGUAUAUUGCAUCUUGUGCGGGCACUGAGAGCUGCUGAUGAGAAGCUUGAGAAACUCUCAAAAUGA